GUGACGUCUGUGAGUGGGCGUGGCCGCUGCUUUGAGAUCUGAUCGCUGGAUGGAUAGAGAGACGCUGAGGGUCAUCGUGUGACGGUGGUUUUCUAGAAAAUGACCAUUGAGGACCUGACUGUCGGGUACCUUGAAGGACACACCCUGCCUGUUGUGCACCACUUCCAGCCGUGCUAUCCGGACCCCUGCCGACCGGUCACCUUCUCCGUGGCUGCUGCUCCAAUGCCGUCUGACUGUGAAUUCUCCUUUUUUGACCCAAAUGAUGCCUCGUGUCAGGAUAUUCUCUUUGAUCCGGACACUUCCGUUUCAGAGCUGUUUGCUAUCUUAAGACAAUGGGUCCCCCAAGUCCAGCAGAACAUAGAGGUCAUCGGGAAUGAGAUUUUGAAGCGAGGAUGUAACGUCAAUGACCGGGAUGGACUGACGGAUAUGACGUUGCUGCAUUACACGUGUAAAUCUGGAGCACAAGGCAUCGGUGAUGCAGAGACCGCUGCAAAAUUCGCCUCUCACCUCAUUGACAUUGGAGCAGAUGUGAGCCUACGAAGUCGCUGGACUAAUAUGAACGCUCUGCAUUAUGCUGCCUAUUUUGAUGUUCCUGAGUUGAUACAUCUUAUACUGAAGGCUUCAAAGCCAAGAGAUGUCGAUGCCACCUGUAGUGACUUUGAUUUUGGGACUGCGCUGCACAUUGCUGCUUCAAACCUGUGCUUGGGAGCUGUGAAAGCCUUGUUGGAAAAUAGAGCAAAUCUGGCCUUCAGGGAUGACAGAGGCCGUGUCCCAGCAGAUGUGGUUCCUGACCCGGUGGAUAUGCCCCUGGAGAUGGCUGAUGCGGCAGCUGUAGCAAAGGAGAUCAAACAGAUCCUGCUGGACGCCAUGCCUCUGUUGUGUGAUCUCUCCCAGAUCUCCCUCCCUAACUACGACAACGUACCGGGAAAUGUGUCGCUCCAGUCAUCUGGUCUGAAGCUGGGAGACAGAGUGCUGAUAGCCGGGAAGAAGGUCGGCACUUUAAGGUACUGCGGACCCACUCGGUUCGCUACGGGCCAGUGGGCCGGGAUAGAGAUGGAAGAAGCGGACGGGAAGAAUGAUGGCAGCGUGGGUGGAGUCCAGUAUUUUAAGUGUUCUCCUAAACAUGGUAUCUUUGCGCCACUGUCCAAGGUAAGACGAGCAAACGAGCCAAUGAAGACAUUUAUCAGACACUCAUCUAGCAAGACAACCGGUUCUAUCAAAUCUUCUAAGAUCGACCUGAGCCGAGUUACAUCAAAAAUUAACACCGGGCUGCCUCCCUUCAAGAAAAACUCAACAUUUAUCCAAAGCAACGACGAGUCCAUGAAUUCUUUGUCCUCUAAGAAAGCAUUCUACAUCAGAUACAGCAGUUUUUCUUCAAGCUCAUUCUCCUCCUCAUCAUCAUCCUCCUCCUUUGUUGAGACCAAGCCGCCCCUCCCCAGUCAUUGCCGUCUGCCUUGGGCUGCUGUGGUCAGGCCCCGGUCCUCUACAUUAAAGACUGGUCUUCAGCCGCCUGUGUUAUCCUCUAGGGGUAGCCUAACCUCCGAGCAGACGGAGUUCCAGCCUGGUGACCGGGUUCUUGUGGUCGGUCAGAGACUUGGCACUAUAAGAUUUUAUGGCAAAACAAGUUUUGCACCAGGGUACUGGUGCGGCAUUGAGCUGGACAAACCUCAUGGUAAAAAUGAGGGCUCAAUUUCUGGAGUUCAGUAUUUUACCUGCCCCCCUAAACAUGGGGUUUUUGCACCUCCGUCUAGAGUUCAAAGGGUCUGUGGGUCUUUGGAUUCUUUGUCGGAGAUUCCAGCGAGUAAACUGAACCAUUCCUUCCCAGGAUUCAAAAGAAGCCUCAGCUCCACAUCUACAACAGCUUCACAGAAAGACGUGGACAGGAGACACUCAUAUGGCCGGGCCAGGAAGCCAGCCCUCCGCCGCAGUUGGAGCAGCACCAGUUCCACCAGCACCAGUGACGGAGGUGUGAAGCUGCACAAGGGGUCCCAGGUCUUGCUGACCAGCUCCAAUGAAAUAUCCAUCAUACGGUACAUUGGCCCUACAGACUUUGCCCCUGGCGUGUGGUUAGGACUAGAACUGCGCUCUGCCAAGGGAAAGAAUGAUGGUUCUGUCGGCGACAAGCGUUAUUUUCACUGUAAGCCAAACCACGGCAUCCUGGUCAGACCCGGCAGAGUCACCUACAGGGGGAUCAAUGGAUCCAAACUCGUGGAUGAGAUCUGCUGACCCCAAUCCUUGCACAUUUACAGGACUGGACCUUAUUUGACCUGGGAAUUUGGGGCUUUAUCUGAAUGUUUUUGACUCUUGUCUGUUUUCUAGCUUUUUCCAUUUGUUAUGAGAAUUUAACUAAUCAAGAAUGUAUCCCCUCCAGCCUAAGCCUGGGGUAACGUGACCCACAUUGGGGUGUCCCGGUGUCUGAUCUACCAUUACCUAGCCUGUGAUCUACUGGUAAAGCUUGCAAGGCAAGAUUCUGGACAGAGGUGGGUCCUACUAUGACCCAGCUGUAGGCACCCAAAGAAAUGGUCUGUUGUUUAUUGUUCAAGCCAAGCGAGGAGGUAGUCAUCCAGACAAUUCUAAUAUUUCAGCUCCUUUUUUUUAAAGGAGGAUGCCCUGGGAGUAUAAUUGUGUGUCAUAGGAAGGGGUGGCAACAUGCAUCACUUGAAGGGAUUCUCCACUACUGGUUAGUUAUCUUGGUGUUAGUGGCUGCCUUAGUCCUGGUAUCUCUGUUAAAUAUUUCCAGAAUGCAGAUGGUUAAAACUUUAGUUUUGCAGCCGAGUUGGGAGAUCAUCAGUCGAAGCCGCGGCUCUCUUAAAGCAAUAUGCUUUAUCUCUGGAAUCCCAUCACUAAACCAAGCUACCACUGGUGGUCUUGAAUUUUAAUCGCAUUAAUAAAGUAUUGAUUUUAAAUUUUUAGUCCAAAUAUAAGAAUUCAAGGCCGCAGUCAUAGAUUCCAAAAAAAAGAAAAAAAUCCUACAUGCAGGAAUACUCUGUCUAGUAAAAUGACGAACUCUGUGAGGUAAGUCUGGCGUACCGGUAUAGUUAGUGGGGUCCUCCGGUGCCACUAGUUCACUUAUGUAUUAUUAUGCUCCACUCCUAUAUCAAAGCGGAACAGUCAAAAUCAGUAAGACAGAUGUAAGAGCAGCCUAACUCUGUGGCAGGUGUUGUCAAUGGUCAGGUGCUGACUCUGUGGCAGGUGCUGUCAUUGGUCAGAUGCUGACUCCGCGCCAGGUUCUGUCAUUGGUCAGGCUCCCAUUCUGUGGCAAGUGCUGUCAUUGGUCAGGCCCCCACUUUGUGUCAGGUGCUGUCAUUGGUCAGGCCCCCACUUUGUGGCAGGUGCUGUCAUUGUUCAGGUGCUGACUCUCUGGCAGGUGCUGUCAUUGUUCAGGUGCUGACUCUGUGGCAGGUGCUGUCAUUGGUUAGGUUUCGACUCUGUGGCAGGUGCUGUCCUUGGUCAGAUGCUGACUCUGUGGCAGGUGCUGUCAUUGAUCAGGUUCCAACUCUGUGGCAGGUGCUGUCAUUGGUCAGGCCUCCACUCUGUGGCAGGUGCUGUCAUUGGUCAGGCCUCCACUCUGUGGCAGGUGCUGUCAUUGGUCAGGUUCCAACUCUCUGGCAGGUGCUGUCAUUGAUCAUGUUCCGACUCUGUGGCAGGUGCUGUCAUUGAUCAUGUUCCGACUCUGUGGCAGGUGCUGUCAUUGGUCAGGCUGCCACUCUGUGGCAGGUGCUGUCAUUGGUCAGGCCGCCAUUCUGUGGCAGGUGCUGUCAUUGGUCAGGCCUCCACUCUGUGGCAGGUGCUGUCAUUGGUCAGGUUCCAACUCUCUGGCAGGUGCUGUCAUUGAUCAUGUUCCGACUCUGUGGCAGGUGCUGUCGUUGGUCAGGCCCCCACUCUGUGGCAGGUGCUGUCAUUGAUCAGGUUCCGACUCUGUGGCAGGUGCUGUCAUUGGUCAGGCCUCCACUCUGUGGCAGGUGCUGUCAUUGGUCAGGCCUCCACUCUGUGGCAGGUGCUGUCAUUGGUCAGGUUCCAACUCUGUGGCAGGUGCUGUCAUUGGUCAGGCCUCCACUCUGUGGCAGGUGCUGUCAUUGGUCAGGUUCCAACUCUGUGGCAGGUGCUGUCAUUGAUCAUGUUCCGACUCUGUGGCAGGUGCUGUCAUUGAUCAUGUUCCGACUCUGUGGCAGGUGCUGUCAUUGGUCAGGCUGCCACUCUGUGGCAGGUGCUGUCAUUGGUCAGGCUGCCACUCUGUGGCAGGUGCUGUCAUUGAUCGGUUCCAACUCUGUGGCAGGUGCUGUCAUUGGUCAGGCCGCCAUUCUGUGGCAGGUGCUGUCAUUGGUCAGGUUCCGACUCUGUGGCAGGUGCUGUCAUUGAUCAGGCCGCCACUCUGUGGCAGGUGCUGUCAUUGAUCGGUUCCAACUCUGUGGCAGGUGCUGUCAUUGGUCAGGCCUCCACUCUGUGGCAGGUGCUGUCAUUGAUCGGUUCCAACUCUGUGGCAGGUGCUGUCAUUGGUCAGGCCUCCAUUCUGUGGCAGGUGCUGUCAUUGGUCAGGUUCCGACUCUGUGGCAGGUGCUGUCAUUGAUCGGUUCCAACUCUGUGGCAGGUGCUGUCAUUGGUCAGGCCGCCAUUCUGUGGCAGGUGCUGUCAUUGGUCAGGUUCCGACUCUAUGGCAGGUGCUGUCAUUGGUCAGGCCUCCACUCUGUGGCAGGUGCUGUCAUUGGUCAGGCUCUACUUUAGUAUGGAAACCUAUGACCAGUGCCUAUGGGGUCUAGUUGCGUUACCACAUGUUUAUCAGCCUAUUCACCUCCCUUUCGAGAUGCAUUACAGAAUCUUUUGGUAACGGUAUAUACCUUUGUAGGAAAUUCUGGGUUAUUAGAAGGGGGUCCUAUGUUCAGGGUGUCAUCUACUGGGCUAGAGUGUAGAGCGGUCACAAAGAGCACCUCUCACUCUGUAGGACCUGUCCUGUCCAGUGUUAGGCCUCAUGCACACGACCGUUGUGUGCAUCCGUGGCCGUUGUGCCGUUUUCCGUUUUUUUUCACGGACCCAUUGAAAGUC